AUGGAGGCGAAAGCUUCAGAGCUUUUGGCGGCCUUCAAGAAUCCCAACUUGUCUGUUGAUUCAAAGGUCGCCUACUUGACUAGUGUCAAGUCCGAUAUCAAACAAAAAAAUGUCCCAGAGGGCGCUAUUCCGACAAUUUUCGACACAUUGCGCAUUGCCAUUAGCUCCCAACACUACUCCGUCUGCGGCGCUGGCUUGUCGACCCUCGGCCACCUCCUGAAACGCCUCACAAUCCAAGACCAACAGCAAUGGAUCGUCAACCAAGCCCGCAACUUGUACACCCUCUUGUUAGAACGUCUAAAUGACCACAAAGAACGAAUCAGAACUCAGGCCGCGUCAAUAUUCACCGAUCUGUGGCCUGUGGCAGGCAGUGAGGUCGAAUAUUAUGUUCUUGAGGUUGCGUUGAUCGGGAAAAACCCUCGGGCCAAGGAAAUGAGUAUGCUCUGGCUGUCAAAUAUGACCAAGAACCAUGGUUUAUUGUAUCGCCAGCAUGUUCCUGCUCUGGUUGCCUGUUUAGAAGAUGCAGACAGUGGCGUUCGAGAUACGGCCAAGCAGGUCGUAAUUGAGCUCUUCUGCUCGGGACCCGCGAGAGCGAAAUCUGAUCUGCAGAAGCAAAUCACAGCUCGCGGAGUGAGAAAGUCCAUCGCAAAUGCUAUUCUCUCGGCCAUCGGUCUAGGCUCAACCGAACCCGAGGCUGCAUCAUCUACACGACCUAUUUCUCGUGCUGAACGCCCGAUCUCAGUCAUGUCGUCUCGUUCGCAUGCUGUGGACCACACCGAAGAUGAAAUGGAGCCCGUCAAGCGCCCGGCUUCAAGGGCUCACCGCGAACGACCGACUGCCCCUUUGGCAUCUGCAGAACCACCAACCUACCACCGAUCUCAUACACCGGCAGGUGAUCCACCACCCCAGAAGCCAUUACCUGAUGAUGAUGGUCUGGAACCCUUUGACGUAGCCUCAGCUAGAGACGUCGAUGAUCUUGUGCGUGACAUGCUUCCCUGUUUCGAGGGAAGGGAGUCUGAAGAUAACUGGUCGAAGCGUGAAAAGAAUGUCAUCCUUUUCCGCAGACUUACACGAGGUAAUGCGCCGCACGACUUCACGCAGACCUAUAUCAGUGCCACAAAGACACUCCUUGAUGGUAUUUUCAAGGUUGUCAACUCUCUUCGAACCACAAUGUCUACCAAUGGAAGUCUUCUAAUCCAGGACAUGGCUCGCACAUGUGGUCCGAGAAUCGAUUCCAUGGUUGAAAUAAUCAUGCAGAAUCUGAUGAAGCUCUGCUCAGCAUUGAAAAAGAUUGCAGCCCAGAACGGAAAUGCAGCUGUUGACGCGGUUAUUGGAAAUGUCUCCUUUAGCAUUCGUCUUCUGCAACAUGUUUCAUUUGCCGCUCACGAUAAGAAUGUCCAGUUGCGUCUAUUUGCAACAGGAUGGCUCACAACUUUGAUCACUCGACAGGCCCAUCAAAAGAGCACAGUUGAACAUGGUGGUGGCCUCGAUCUCGUGGAAAAGGCUAUUAAGAAGGGUCUUGCAGAUGCCAACCCUGGUGUUCGUGAGGCAAGUCGUAGUACUUUCUGGACCUUCUUCUCCGUGUGGCCUGAACGUGCGGAAGCGAUAAUGAAUACCCUCGACGCCAAGUCACGGAACCUACUUGAGAAAGACUCGUCGAACCCGAACAGUGGCCUGAAGCCUGCUUCUGCAUUGCCUGCGAAGAGCCCCGCCAAGAGUCGUAAGGCCCUGCAAGAAGCUAUUGCUGCCCGUAAGAAGGCUCAAAUGCCUUCUCGCCCCGAAUCCGCUCAACCAGCUUUGUCAGCCCAGCAAACCUUCCCGGAGGCAAAGCCGCCUGCUACUGCUAAGUCUACUCGUACUGUGCCCACUGGAGCUCCCCUCUCUUCUUUGUCAUCGGCACCUAUGCGACCUGGCAUGAAGCCCCGACGGGCAGAGUUGAGUCGUCCCGCAACCGCAGAUCCAUACGCUCGUCGCCCCGAGUCACGAACUCAAUCCAGCCAUCCCAGCUCUGCUAGUAAACCGCCGACUAGCUCUCCUCGUUCUGUGAGGUCUAAGCCAUCCACACCUAACGCGAAGCCCCUCACAGCUCCUCGCAUUCGCCCCCAUGAGCCAAACCCGAAUGGUGCGGCGAAGGGUAGGCCUAAGAAGCUUGAUUUGUCAAAGUCCAAGUCUCACAACGACCUUGGGGCAGCCAGUCGUGCACGCAGUGAUUCAAAUGAAAGUUUGACCAAUCAAUCUUCUGCAAGAACUCCUCGGACCCCUCGAACUCCUCGCUAUGACAGCCAUCUAAUUGCAUCCGAAGACCAACAUUCUCCACCUCACCGUUCGCCAGCAUCUGCAGUGUGCGACAGCCCUCAGUUCUCUGACUCACAGCCUAUGCUGCACUCGGCACCGCAUGGGCCUCACGUAAGCUCAGUUCCCGUUGAUGAACCGGAGCCAAUGGGGCUCGAGGAAUAUGCUGAGCCUGCUUUUAUGCCACCAUCACCACACAUUGCCGAGCCAGAUGUCGCUGCACCCAUUGAUCCACACUUGAUUCCUGUUCCGGAGUCUCUUUCCAAACCUCAUCCAGACCCAAUGGUCAUCUAUGAGGAUCCCGCUACACCUACGACUCCUACGACUCCUACUCGCGCUCAGAAUGCUUCCUCAAUAGGCCGCCUUACGCCUUCAAGAUCUUCUAUCCCUAUGCGCUCUUCCAUUCGCUCUCCCGUGCGUUCUCCUAUCCGCCGAGAACAGCCUGAACAGGACGACAUGGAGCCCGAGAAUGUGGCAGAGGAUAUUCCUGCUUCAGUAAUGGCAUCAGCUAAGAAGCCAACCCCCGAGUUGGCAUCCAGCCAUGACUCGGUUAUGAACUUCGAUGCCCGAACUCCAUCUCCUACUCGCCGUGCGCCGCUUCAACCAACUCCAUCACCAUCAAGGGGCCGUGUUCAGCCCGCAGCUUCUAAUAUCGUCACUGGAGUUGAUUCGAUGGAUCUUCAAGACACCCCUGUAGGUUCUCCAGAGACCCAUAGCAACGAGUCCCACGACAACAACGAGAACGCAACUCCCCACAUGAGCAAGGUUGUAGACGUGCCCGUACCACGAUCUGCAGCCAAGCCAACUGCUCUAGAGGAACUGCCAGCCAAUGAAUCGACACCCCGUUGCGCCGAUGUGCGAGAGCGAUCCGUCGAGGCGCCGUCUCAGUCAAUUCUCUCUAGCUCAACUCCCGACGACUCUACACGACGCAUUCGGAAGUUCAAUGACCGCCACCGCAGCCCUAGCCCGCGUUCCAAAGACCCAGCGAAUGCGAGGGAGAUGAUUCACAAGGCCCUUGCCCGUAUUGUCUCAAGGACCAUGGAGCCCUCGGGAUACCGCAAGCUGCAAGCACUCUUCCAGUACCACGGAGAAGAGAUCGUGCCUCGUACCCAGGAAUACAAUGCGAUGCUGGAGGCCUUGCUAGGUGAACUCGAAUCAAUCCCUACCAGUCGCAAGGACCACGACGUCAAGACGCAGGUUCUAGCCACCAUCCGGUCCAUGCUUCUGCGCACCCGUGAGCAGUUCCAGCCCUACGACACCCUCGCGAUGUCGGCCUUCAUUCGGGCCCGCCAACACUACGAAUCCUCCUCCCACUUUGUCACUUGCCUCGAGGAAGUGACAGACAAAUUAGUCUUCCUGACCCUCCCUCAGACUGCUAUCGCUGGUGUUUUGCAAGCACUGGAUCUCGGCGAGGAGGAGGAAACAGACGAGGCCCACCGCUCUAUCAUCAUGGGUCUCAGCACAAUCCAGCAAUCUCUCUCCCGUCCACGAGUUGAAAUCGCUGAUGACCUCCUAGCCAGUAUUGGCGCUGUCGUCAUGCAACAACUGGGACACCCCCGACCUGGUGUGCGGAAGAGCGCCACUGAGCUCUGCACAUUCCUGAACCUGACUUUUGGCUCAGAGCGUGUGCAGAAGGUUACUCAGCCUCCCCGCGAGGGCUCUCUCAACCUUCUUACUUAUUUCAUGGCUCGCAGAUCCCAGUAG